UCUGUGUUUAUCAGUGACUAAAGUGAGGGAAGAUUUGGUUAUUUUGCUCAUUUGGUGUGUUUUUCUUAAAAUAACUAAAAUUUAGUUUAUUCCCUAUUUAAAAUUAGUGAUAUUUAGUUUUUCCCAUGGAAGGGGAAAUAACUCAAGUCGAAUCCGAGGCUAAUCCCAGUGAUGUAAAAGUUUUAGAUGUGAUUCCUGUUGAAUUAGUAGAUGGUGAAUCAUAUCAAGCUUUCAGAACCGUUGAAAAUGUGCAGCGAACGAAAUAUUAUAAACAAACCUAUAGACGGGCUUGGGAACAAAUGCCUGAUUUUGCCGGGUGGUUGACAGCAGUUGAAGAUGAGCCAACUAGAGCAUUUUGUAUCUAUUGCCAAAAAACCCUUCAUGCCCAUCGCCUUAGUUUAUUGAAGCAUACUUGUACUAUUAGACAUCAAAAAGCAGCUCAAUUGCACCAAAUAAGAAAGAUUAAACCCAUCAAAGGAUCACACAAUCAAGAUUCUAAUACAACUGAUGAGAAUGAAACAUGUACUCAAGAAGAUGACGAGGAAAUGGAAGAACAGUCAGAAGUAGUAGAGGAAGAAGAAGAUGAUGAAGGAGUGGAAAAUUAUGUUUAUCUAGUUAAAGAGGAGGAUGAUGGAGAAACUGAGGAGAUUCACCUUGUACAAGAUACUAAAGCAACAUCAAGCAGUCAACAAAUAUUUCCCCAUAUAUCAACUCAGGUGACAGAUGCUGUUAGGGGAUGUCCUGUUUCUGGAUUGGCUAUCAGUUUGUAUAAAUUGAUAGAAGGCAAAUGGACCUACAUCAAUGAAGGUUAUACUAAUCAUGAAGGUCGUUUCUCGAAAUUUAUUGAAGGUUCUAAUUUUACAUCUGGUCGAUACAAGCUGCAUUAUGAUGUUGAUAAGUACUUUGAAUCCAAGAAGCAAUCAUCGCUUUACCCUUUCAUUGAGAUAGUUUUUGAUUGCAAGAAUUUCAAUACCAAUUAUCAUAUUCCUUUGAUUUUGAGCCCCAACGGUUAUACCACAUUUAAAGGGUCCCUUUGAAUUCACUAGUAAUUUAAUUUUUUUUUUAACAUAAUGUAUUUUGUAGAAUAUCAUUUUGUAGAUUGAAUAGUAGAAAAUACUGAUAAGUUAUUGUAUGUGCCUAUUUUAAAUAAAACUGUUAUUUAAAUCUU